UCGUAUACCCCUCCUGUGCUCUGGCCCUGUCAGGAGUGGGAUUAUUUCCCGCCCUCAUAGAGCUUUAAGUGAUGCCCCGGAGUCGGGCUCAGUGAGGGAGUCACAUCCAGAUCGUGACGCGCGCGGGCGCAGACACGCGGGACUUGGGGGGCGUGUAUCACGAAGCAGCCCGCCGGGGCCUGAAAGGGGAGCAGAAGGCUGGGGAGCUGUUGGGCACCAACAGUGGGGCCGAGAGCCAUUUUAGGCCAAGGGGACCGGUCUGUGAAGACUGAGCUAUCGGCCUCGGGAUGUCUCUGGCAGAUGAGCUCUUAGCUGACCUCGAGGAGGCCGCAGAGGAGGAGGAAGGAGGAAGCUAUGGCGAGGAAGAAGAGGAGCCGGCAAUCGAGGAUGUACAGGAGGAGACACAGCUGGAUCUCUCCGGGGAUUCGGUCAAGAGUAUCGCCAAGCUGUGGGACAGCAAGAUGUUUGCUGAGAUCAUGAUGAAGAUUGAGGAAUACAUCAGCAAGCAGGCCAAAGCGUCGGAAGUGAUGGGACCAGUGGAGGCAGCUCCUGAGUACCGUGUCAUUGUGGAUGCCAACAACCUGACUGUGGAGAUUGAGAAUGAGCUGAACAUCAUCCAUAAGUUCAUCCGGGACAAGUACUCGAAGCGGUUCCCCGAGCUGGAGUCUCUGGUCCCUAACGCACUGGACUACAUCCGUACAGUCAAGGAGCUGGGCAAUAGUCUGGACAAGUGCAAGAACAACGAGAACCUGCAGCAGAUCCUCACCAACGCCACCAUCAUGGUGGUCAGCGUCACGGCCUCCACCACGCAGGGGCAGCAGCUUUCUGAGGAGGAGUUGGAGCGGCUGGAGGAGGCCUGCGACAUGGCGCUGGAGCUGAAUGCCUCCAAGCACCGCAUCUAUGAGUACGUGGAGUCCCGGAUGUCCUUCAUUGCCCCCAACCUGUCCAUCAUUAUCGGCGCCUCCACUGCAGCCAAGAUCAUGGGCGUGGCCGGCGGUCUGACCAACCUCUCCAAGAUGCCUGCCUGCAACAUCAUGCUACUCGGGGCCCAGCGCAAGACUCUGUCGGGCUUCUCGUCCACCUCCGUGCUGCCCCACACCGGCUACAUCUACCACAGCGACAUCGUGCAGUCCCUGCCCCCGGAUCUGCGGCGGAAGGCGGCCCGGCUGGUGGCCGCCAAGUGCACGUUGGCUGCCCGCGUGGACAGUUUCCAUGAGAGCUCAGAGGGGAAGGUGGGCUAUGAGCUCAAGGAUGAGAUAGAACGCAAGUUUGACAAGUGGCAGGAGCCACCGCCAGUGAAGCAGGUGAAGCCCCUGCCUGCACCCCUGGACGGGCAGCGAAAGAAGCGAGGGGGCCGCAGGUACCGCAAGAUGAAGGAGCGGCUCGGAUUGACGGAGAUCCGGAAGCAAGCCAACCGCAUGAGCUUUGGAGAGAUUGAGGAGGAUGCCUACCAGGAGGACCUGGGCUUUAGCCUGGGCCACCUCGGCAAGUCGGGCAGUGGGCGUGUGCGGCAGACACAAGUGAACGAGGCUACCAAGGCCAGGAUCUCUAAGACACUGCAGCGGACCCUGCAGAAGCAGAGCGUGGUAUAUGGCGGGAAGUCCACCAUCCGGGACCGCUCCUCAGGGACUGCCUCCAGUGUGGCCUUCACCCCACUCCAGGGCCUGGAGAUCGUGAACCCACAGGCGGCUGAGAAGAAGGUGGCCGAGGCCAGCCAGAAGUACUUCUCCAGCAUGGCCGAGUUCCUCAAGGUCAAGAGUGAGAAGAGCGGCAUCACAUCCACCUGAGGCCCUGCUGCCGCUGCUGAGGGAGGCACUGGGGCACGAGGUUCCGCAGAGCGAGCUGCUUGCCUUUGUCACGGGCCGGGCCAGGAGGCCCUCGAAGACGCCCAGGAUGGAGACCGCCCCACACAGGCAGAGCAGGUCUCGUGUGCACGGCGAAAGGAGAUGCUUUUUGUGGAAAGAGCACAAUUAAAAGCGCGGCGUCGAGCUUUG